UGCUAACAAACAAUCAUGGCAAUCUCGUUCCUGCAAGAGCUGCUCAUCUCCACGCUCGUGCUAUCUGUUCCCCUAUACUUUUACUUCAAAUCUAGCACUAGAUCAUCAAAGAACAACACAGUGCUCCCCACAAACUGGCCAAUAGUGGGCAUUCUCCCUUCCCUCAUCGCCAACAUCCACAACCUACACGGCUAUGUGGCCCAUGUCCUUGCCGCAUCCGGGCAAAGCUUCAGGGCGCACGGCCCAGCUGGGACCGGGAUGCGGUUCUUCGUCACCUGCGACCCCGCCAACGUCCGGCACAUCUUCACCACGAACCAGGCAAACUUCCCCAAGGGCGCCGAGUUCGCCGAGAUCUUCGACGUCAUGCGCGGCAGCUUCUUCACCGUGGACGGCGAGCCUGUGCGCCGGCAGCGGGCCAAGAUCCAGACCGUGCUGGGCGGCCCGCGGCUGCUCGCGCGCAUGGCGGCGUCCUGCCGCGACAAGGUGGAGAAGGCCUUGCUCCCGUUGUUCACGGACAUGGCGAGGAUGGGAACCCCGUUUGAUUUGCAGGACGUUGUUGCGAGGUUCGUGUUUGAUGUCACGGCCACGCCGGUCUUCGGCGUCGACCCUGGGCUACUGUCCCGGAUCGGCAUGCCGAUGCCGCCCGUGGACGCGGCCGUGGCCAUGGACACGGUCAUGGAGGUGGCCCUGUUCCGGCACACCGUGCCGGCUUCUUGUUGGAAGGCGAUGCGGUGGCUGCGCGUCGGGCCCGAGAGGAAGCUCGCGGCCGCGCACGCCGUGCUUCGAGGGUUCAUCACGGAGAUGAUGGAGAAGAGAAUAAAAAAGAGCAGAGAAGAAGACGUGCAGAAGGGAGCUGCUCCGGCCGUGGACAUCGUGUCAUCCUACAUCAACGACCCAGAGUACUGCGAGGAGAACGGGGGCGGCUUGCUCCGGGCGACGCUCAUCAACUACAUGAUCGCCGGGCGCGACACGAUCGGCACCACCUUGCCAUGGGUCUUCUACAACCUCGCCAAGAGCCCCCACGCCGUGUCGAUCAUCCGCGACGAGCUAUCCCCCAUCGCCUCCCGGAAAGCCACAGGCGCCGACACCAUGAUGAUCUUCGAGCCGGAGGAGACGAAGCCACUGGUCUACCUUACGGCGGCCUUAUACGAGUCCCUGAGGCUGUACCCCCCGGGCCCGAUCGAGCGCAAGACGGUGGUGGCCGGCGACGUGCUGCCAAGCGGCCACGAGGUGCGAGCCGGGGACACGGUCUUCAUUUCUCUUCACGCCAUGGGGAGGAUGGAGGGCGUGUGGGGGAAAGACUGCCUGGAGUAUAACCCCGGCAGGUGGCUGCCGGAGACGGGGGAGGAGGACGGGGUUGGCAAAGCCAAAAGGCUGCGGUACGUGCCGUCGCACAAGUUUCUGGCGUUUAAUUCCGGCCCGAGGAUGUGCCUGGGCAAGGACAUCGCGCUCAUGCAGCUUAAGACUGUUGUGGCUGCCGUGGUGUGGAAUUUUGAUGUGGAGGUGGUGGAAGGGCAGAGCGUGGAGCCGAAGCUGUCCUGUAUAUUGCAGAUCAAGAAUGGACUCGUGGUGAAGCUCAAGAAGCGACAAAUGUAAAACCUUAGGCUAUAUAUAUGUGUGUUUAUGUGGCCGUUGCUUUAUGAAUAAAAAACAAACCACCUGAUGAAUUUGGACAGGAGUUUGGAAA